GCCAUUGCUUACCCACACCAUGGCAAUGGCGACCUCACCUGUUUCUUACCCCUUUCCUGAUGGUUCUGUUCCCUGCAGUUCCGUUGGGGCUCACAGCCCAUCAGUAUCUCCCCACUGGGUACAGGAUACAGUGGAAAACACCCCGGGGCCUGCCCCCAUGUGCCCUGCCACCCCCGUCCUUGUCUCCUCCCCUACAUCUCCCAAAAUGCCAGGCUCUCUCUUGCAUCCAAGCUUUUGUGGUCACCCCAGUUUUUCUACCUGGCAAGUCCUUUCACCUGUGAAGUCCCAACUCCUUGCUGCCUCCCUCACAGAAGCAGAAUCCAGCAGGGGCACACAGGACUGGCCACAGUGCCCUGUGGUUCACUGGCUGCCCUGCUGCCCUGCACCCCAGGCACUCUGCACAGGCCUCUAUUCAUCAGGGUUUUGUCUGCACUUAGCUCUUCCUGUACAACGAUAGGAAGCAGCGGCCCAGCUGAAUGGACCCACAGAGAAGCUGCGUAGAAGGAACUGUGAAUCUGCCAGCACCUACCGGAACGGCACGAAACCCAGAGAACCGGAAGCAGAGAGUGCAGGAGGCAGAAGUGAUGAGAGCAGCGGGCAUCCCUGGAGCUCAGCUGAGCCAGACCAGGAGAGGCUGCCACGGAGGGAGCCUGGCUGCACCCAGUUAGAACAGAAACAGGGCUGAGGGCUCGGACCGUGAGCCCUCAGGUUCUCCCUGUUCCCUUCAGCUGGUGACUGUGUGACCGUGGGCGGUCACUUAAUCUUGCCGGUAAGGUCCUCAGUUUCCUCAUCUGUAGAAUGGCGUUGGAAAGGCAUGGCUGGGAGGUCUCAGACAUAAAGCAGAGUGCUGUGUGAACGCUCCGGGUUUACAGACAGAGCGGAUGUUCCUAGUGCAUUGCACUCAUUUUCCCUCGCCCGACAGAAGCUCAUGACCUCCGCCAUUGUUCCCAAACAAGCAGGAAGCUUCACACUGAUGCCUGAUCCACAAUUCCCAGAGCGCCCUCAGGGCCACCAUCUCGUGCAAGCCUCGCAGCAUCCACGAGGGGGCAGCACAGGACUAUCAUCGCCCCACGGCCUGAAGGCGGCUGCCGGAAGCCAAGUGCGACAAUGGUAGGGGUGGCCCCCAGGAGCCCCGGCUUCGCUCCCUCCUCCUCCCCUACCCUGCUCGGAGGACUCCGGCCUCGGGGUAGGGGGCUGCUGAACUGGGCGUGGCAUCUACUCAAGAACUCUCUGCCCCCCAGCCCUAGGGCUCAGAUCACAAACACACACACACACACACACACACACCCGCACACACCCGCACGCACACACGGGGCCCGCCUCUUUCCUGGGAGCUGCCCGUUCCCAGGACAACAGUCAACACAGGCGGGAGUUCAAAACAAAACUGGGCUCAAAUGCUCUCCCCAUCGGCCACUCUGAGCUCGAGGCCUAAAGCGACAGUGAGGAGGACCCUGCCCAGGCUGUCCCGGGGUUAGGAGGGAGAGAGUGUUCCAGGAGGAGGUUUGAGCUGAGCUCAGGCACAGGAGUCUCUCUCUGUCUCUCUCUCUCUCUCUCUCUCUCACACACACACACACACACACACACACACAUGCACCCAUGGGGAGCCACCCCACCCCUGGGCUCCAGAGAACCACAUCACCUGGGCACCGAUUGUCCCCCACCAGGCCGCCAACCUCUGUCUCCCCAGCUGCCCGGAUUGGCCCUAUGGCCAGCAGGGGUCUUGCUGGUGGCUGUCAGGCCCCCCAGGCUCUGAAGGCGCAGCGGGUGGCCCAGGGAGCUGCCUGCGGUGGCGGCGUGCAGCAGGACCAGCUGUGGCGGGAGCUCCUGGAGGCCGAGCGUCGGGGCCAGCGGCGCUGGGUUCAGAACUGGAGUUUCCUGAAAGACUAUGACUCAAUGGGCAACAAGAAGGAGCCUGAGAAGUUGCCAGACCAUGUGCCUCUCUUUUCGGACACAGUUCCCAGUUCCACAAACCAGGUUGUGGGUAGCAGGCUGGACACGCCCCUGGGACAGACUCUCAUCCGCAUGGACUUCUUCUUCACCGAAGGGGCCCGGAAGAAGAAGCUGGAGGAUGAGAUGCAGCCCAUCUAGGAGCAAGGAGGGCUGGGCUGGCCUUCCCCAGGUACACAGGACAGGACACAUUAUUUCCAUGCAACAGCCCCUACGCCUCAUGCCACACCCUGGCCCUGCGUGACUGUGUGAUGGAACAGACCAGGCCCAAUGUGACUUGGCCAGGAAGAGGCCCAACCCUUCCUACUUGGAUCUGGAGGCCACCGCCUUCUUUCUCAGUGUCUGACAUGAAAGCUGGGCUCCCUCUCCACUCUGAGAUCAUCAGCUGGGCAAAGAUCAGUGGCCAGGAUAGCCAGGGGUCCUGGUCACAUCCUGGCAGCAUCCCAUGAAGGUCAAGUGCUUGCCCUCGGACUGGGUGGGUACAAAGAUGCUGGAGGCUCCUUAAAGACCCAAUCUAUGUUUUUGCCCUGAGUCUGCCUUAUAUUAUUCUCACACUCAAAAUCAAGAUUUCCAUUUGAGAGAGAGAGAGGCACUAGAAAAGUCGAGGUUAAGGAUGGCUGCAGUUGGUCAGGCCUGUGCAGAGGGGAGGGAAUCGUUGAGUGCCCAGGAGGGCAGUGAGGAGGGCCAUGGACCUGUGCCAGUUCUGCCACUCCUGGAAGCACAGCCACUUACAGACAAUGUAACCUAUAAGCACAGACUCUGGGCUUGGCACAUUACCAACAUUGUGUCUUUUGCAUGUAUUAUAAUUGUCACCAUUUGAGAGGUUUGGAAACUAAGCCAAAGACUUCAUUCAAUCUGGUCAGGGUCUCACAACUAGUGAAGGGCCAGGAUCCAUCUCAUGUGUGACUUCUCUGUGCUGCCUUCCCCGCUCCAGGCCUCAGUCUCCACAGUUAUAAAAUGAGGGGAGAAGGGAAGAAGACAGAUUUAAGGGCAUCUCCAGCUCCAGGAUUCUCUUCUUUGAGCAUUCAGGGAGUACUGAAGAAAAAAGGGGUUUGAAUUCUUUCACAGAGUGCAUUAGUCAGCUAUGAUAAUGCUGUAUAACAAAACAUCCCCUUUGUUGCUCACAGGUCUGCAUGUAGCUGGGGCUCAGGUGAUUUUGGCUGGACUUGGCUAGACUUUCCUCCACAUUUCAGGUUAGGUUCAAGUAUUUUGUGCAUGUCUCUCAUUCCCUUGGACUGAAAGCCUCCUGGGGCAUGAUUUUCUCAUGGCACAUCACCAGGGCUCAAGGGCUCAACAGAACUGUGCAGGCACGCUGAAGGCUUCUGCAUGCAGAAAUGCUUUCUGUACUCUGCAAUGACCUGUCAUCACACCAAAACCCUCCUCACAACCAGGCCCACCCACUCUCUGCUCCUUGCCACAUCUGCCUUCUUUUCAAGAAGAUGCCUGCUUCUAACCUUCCCCAUUUCACCCACUGGGAGCCCAGGAAACCAGGACAGACGGGCAUCUGCAGUGAAAUCCCAACGCCAGCCUUUCAGCUCGUUUGGGCCAGAACAAGGGAGGGUGGAUGGGCUAGGAGGUCACAAAGAAGUGGGCACCAAGCCUCAGUGUCAGUGCCAGCAAAAGGAAAAGGGGGUGUUACCAAUAAAGAGAUGGGCACUUGGAGACCAAGGACCAGAAGACAGCUGGGCUUCAGGAAAAGGACUGGAAUCAAGAGCUGAGAGCCGUAACGAGCCUGGAGGGGCACUUGCUUCACUUUUUUUUUUCUUUUUUGAGAUGGAGUUUCACUCUUGUUGCCCAGGCUGAAGGGCCAUGGUGCCAUCUCGGCUCACUGCACCCUCCGCCUCCCAGAUUCAAGCAAUUCUCCCA